AUGGCUACCGCCGAAAAACAAGACGACGACAACACAGCCAUGUCGGAGAGCACCCUCUCGCACACCCAAUCCCGCGCUUCUCAAACUCGUCCUCUCGACAGGAUCCGCUCCCAGAACGGGUACGGCGUCGACGAGGACGACUCAUCGCCCAAUGAUGGCGGUGAAGCACAAAAGGAAACGGCUUCACCUGGCGACGCCAAGGAUCCUUAUGAAGUUGGCUGGGAUGGCGGCGACAACGACCCCCUCUGUCCGAGGAGUUUCUCCAAGGGCAGAAAGUGGCUCAUAACAUUCAUCGUCUCUCACGUCAGUCUAUGCGUAACAUGCGCCUCCUCCAUCUACACAUCAACAUACACCAAAAUGGAGCCCGAAUUCCACAACUCCCGCAUCGUCUCUGUCCUCGGCCUGUCCACCUUUGUCCUAGGCAUCGCCUUUGGCCCCAUGUUUCUCAGUCCGCUCAGCGAGUUUUACGGUCGUCGACCCAUCUACCUCGUCGCAUGGACUACAUACCUCAUCUUUCUGAUCCCGCAGACCGUCGCCAAGAACAUCGCCACGGUCAUUGUGUUCCGCUUCUUCGACGGCUUCACGGGCAGUGCCUUUCUGGCAGUUUCUGGAGGCACAGUGGGUGACUUGUUUGCCAGACAUGAGCUGCAGGCUCCGAUGGCGCUCUUCUCCGUCUCGCCCUUUGUAGGACCGAGCUUGGGGCCCUUGCUGGGCGGGUUUAUCAACUAUAAUGUGGAUUGGCGGUGGACUUAUUAUGUGCUGCUGAUUUGGUCGGGCAUAGUUUGGCUGGCGGUUGUGUUUGUGGUGCCAGAGACGUAUCAUCCGAUUCUACUGCGAAACAAGGCCAAGAAGCUACGCAAAGACACUGGAGAUGAUAGAUGGCUUGCUCCAUCGGAAAAAGUGCAAAAGUCGGUGGUGCGGGCUGUUGGGCGGUCGUUGCGACGGCCCUUUGAACUGCUCAUUUUUGAGCCCAUGUGCUUGAACCUCUGCCUUUUUUCGGCCCUGUUGCUGGGAAUUUUGUAUCUCUUCUUUGGUGCCUUCCCGUUGGUGUUCAGUACGAAUCACGGAUUCAACACCUGGCAAGUUGGCAUGUCGUUCAUGGGCAUAUUGGUAGGCAUGAUGCUUGGCGUGACGACUGACCCGAUAUGGUAUCGUAUUCGUACGAGACUGGUCCAGAAGCUCGAGGCAGAGACAGGAGUUCCAGGAGCCAGUGAGCCCGAGUUUCGACUUCCGCCGGCCAUUAUGGGGGCGUUUCUUGUUCCGGCUGGUAUAUUCAUGUUUGGAUGGUCUACGUAUCCGUGGGUCCAUUGGAUAGUGCCUAUUAUUGGAUCAUCCAUCUUUGCCGUUGGAAAUGUUUUGCUCUUCACUGGUAUCUUUACCUUCCUCGUCGAUGCGUAUCCGCUGUACGCCGCAAGCGCACUAGCUGCCAACGCCUUUGUGCGAUGUCUGUUUGCCGCCGCAUUCCCAUUAUUUGGCGUUCAGAUGUACGAGAAACUUGGCUAUCAAUGGGCAUCGUCACUUUUGGCCUUCUUGAUGGUGGCCAUGGUUCCAUUCCCCUACAUCUUCUUCCGCUACGGCAAAAGAAUACGGAGCAAGAGCAGAUACGCAAAGUCAUGA